AUGGAUUUGUUCGAUGAAAAAAAUUUAGAAAAGCUCAACAAAGACAAUGCAAAGUUCAAGGACUUCUCGAGUGGCAAGCUCAACAUCCAAGUAUUCAGCUCUGCAGACCCCGCAACAUCCUACGACUCUCUCUUGCAUGUUAAGUAUCUCUUUCAGAGAAUGCUUCCAAAAAUGCCAAGAGAUUACAUUCUACGACAAGUGUUUGAUGAAAACCAGCGCUGCAUGACCUUAAACGAGAGAAUAGAGGGCAAGGUUAAUGUAUUCAGAAUUAUCGGAGCCAUUCUAUUCAGACCAUGCUUUGAGAGAUGUCUAGUGGAAAUUGUAUUUCUAGCUGUUGAUUCAGAAUAUCACGUAAGUGGAUAUGGCACAUUUCUGUUCAACUGUUUUAAAGAAAUUUGCAAGCUACAAUAUUCAGCAUUUUUCAAGCUUGGAAGCCUGUUCCAAAGUAAGAACAUAAUUGUCACCGAUCUGUCAAUAUUUGAUCACUUAGAUUCCAUCGAUAUUUCUCAACUAGAAUUUCAAAAUUCAGUUUCUGUUGAAAAUAAAUAUGAAACGCACGAAGAAGUUAAAAGAUUGAAGGUUUCCGACGAUGCAACUCACCAUCAACAUGAUAAUACCGACAUAUUGGCCAAUAUACAGGCCAAUGAUAGAUACACAAACGAUAAAAAUCUUUAUUUACUAACAUAUGCUGACAAUUCAGCAAUUGGGUUUUUCAAAAAACAGGGCUUCACGCUUCACCCAAGAUCCACCCAGUGGGCUGGCUAUGUCAAAGAUUACGAGGGUGGAACAUUAAUGGAGUGCAAGGUUCACAAAAUGGUUAACUAUUUGAGAAAAAGAGAGCUAGUAAAGCAAGCAAGAGACAUAGUAUUUGAUAAGAUGAGAAAAGUCAAUGACUUUCAUAUUUUAAGAAAGAGCUCUGAAAGAGAAGAGAUUAAAAAGCAAAGAGAAGCACAUGCUCCAGAUAGAACAUGGGCAAUGAGAACUAAAGAGGAGUUUCUAUCCGACUUUUUGUAUUUCAUUGUUUGCUCGUUGCAAAGUCACCCGUCUUCCUGGCCUUUUCUUGAGCCAGUUUCUGAGAAAGAUGUGCCCGAUUAUUUUGAGGUUAUCAAGCAUCCCAUGGACUUGAGUCUGAUUAUGAGAAAACUAAAGGGCGGCAUGUAUUUUACGCUUAAGGAUUUCGCACUAGAUGUUUGUCUUAUGUGCAAUAACUGCUUUUCAUAUAACGGGCCUGAUACGCAGUAUUACAAAUGCGCUGAAAAUAUCAAGAAAUACUUUGAAAGUCUAAUUAAAAGCUAUGCAUCAGCCAUUUUACACUGGGGAUUUGAUGUGGUGUUUGGUGAUUUUAAAUAA